UCUUUAAAUUCGAAUCCACAAUGGAUAGAAAAUGUGCUUUUAAAAUUGCAAGCCACUGAGCGAAUUCAAGAUAGCGUCGAGGAAAGUUUGGGAUUAGUGCAAGCUGUAGUGAAUAUUUUGCUCUCUGCUGUUGCAAACUACGACGCGAAGUUUUCGUUUCAUCUUGUUGAUUCGUCGAGUUUCUUCGUCGCCAAAGCUGCCAACCAUUUUGAAUUGCUCGUUUUCCUCAGUUCAUGUUGUCUUCGACCUGGAGACGUUCGUUUUCAAGGAGAUAUGGCAUGCCCGGGACUUGCAGUGAUCGAGUUGUCAAAGAAUACGGAUUCUCACAGAACCUGGAAAAACCUUUGUAGGACAUCAAAGUCAGGAAAAGCCUAUUUGUCGUCAAAAAUGUUCCGUUCGGAGCUAUCCAGGCUUCUCUCCAAACUUUUGGAAGAUAUGUCGUACUUACAGAAUUACCACAACAGAACAAUGGAAGGUAUAGAGAUAAAGAACCUUUCAAAAGAAGAUAUUUGUCUGAAGAUGAAUAUCCGAGGUUUGAAUUUAAUUGUGGAUUUAGUAGCAGCGAUUGACUUUGAAGGCGUGUGGCCCGGCUCUGACGAGGUUUCAAUAGUAGGCGAAAAAUCUGGCAAACACAUAUCCAACACACGAUCUAAAAGAAAGCCAGUUAACUGCGGGGUUCAGCUAGUUUCCAAAUCUACUCCCAAAGAAUAUCAUUGGAAAAUUUGGUUCUGCAAAGCGGAAAGGUUAGAGCUAAAUUUUAACAGGUUUUCCCAACGACAAAAGUGUUUUCAGCUUUUAAAAGCAUUUGUUUACAGCGAGCUUGGUUGCGACUUUAUCAAACCGUACCACUUACAAACUGUUUUGCUUUAUGAAAGCGCAAAAUUUCCAGAUGAAAGUCAGUGGACGCUUGAAAAAUUGCCUGAGCGUUUCUGUGGACUUAUAAAUCUUCUACAGUCUUUUGUCAACGACAAAUGUUGUCCUCAUUUUUUCAUUCCGUCGCUGAAUUUGUUCACAGCUUUAAGUAGUCAACAUCAGCGAAUAUUCCGCCAAAGGGUAAAAUUUCUCAAAGACAGUUAUGGGAACUUCAUCGACAACAGAUUUCCCGAGCAAGACAUAAACACAUUUUCAACACGAGGCCAUUUCUACAGCGUGCAAAGAUAAUUAUAAACUUUGUCUGGAUGAGUCCUAGACUCGGUCAAAAUUUUACUCUCGGUAACAGUGUUUUAACAUCGUAACACUAUACAAUCUCUCUUACCAUCCAUAAUAUAAGGCUAAAUUGUAAGCUUACACCGUUUUUAAAAUUUCCAAAUGCUGCAAACCGGACAUAAAAAAGUGAUAAUUAAUUGACAUAAGCUUAUGUAUUAGCGCCUUUCUAUGCCUGAGGGCAUUUAAGAAAAGUAGAAAACUUUGAAAAAACUGCACCUAUGAUUUACUGAGCAGAUUUGUAUGUAAGUGGCGAGAACGAUUUUAUCUUUCAUGUUGUGAUCUAGAGCUCAAUUACGUACGCGUAAUGAGAUGUGCAGUUUUAAUGUGAACUGAGAGCUCUAUUGGCCAUUGGUUUUGUAUUAUUGGUGGCUCCUAAAAGAGCCGUUUUUAGAGAUCUUGAACUGAAUUCACUGCUUGCUUUUCUUUUCGUGUUUCUUCGGAAGAAGAACAGCCUGGAUGUUGCGAAGAACGCCUCCCUGUGCGAUAGUGACCCCAGCAAGUAACUUAUUCAGUUCUUCAUCAUUCCUAACAGCCAGCUGCAAAUGUCUAGGAAUAAUUCUGGUCUUCUUGUUAUCGCGGGCAGCAUUGCCGGCAAGCUCAAGUAUUUCAGCAGACAAGUACUCGAGAAUUGCAGCCAUAUACACAGGCGCGCC